AUUCUGAAGAAGUCUUUGAGAGAUGUGUGCAAACGCUGACUUUUUUCAGAGAUACUUCUCAACAAAUACUAGACAGUAAAAAGUAAUUCUUUUUACAGUGAGAGUUUGGAUAGUAGCAUAGCCCAUGAACAAAUCCAUAUGCUUUUGUGUGCUUUACUGUGCUACUCUGGCAGAUAUUUGUUCACCUACAGAAAGGAAAUGGCAGUGUGGUGAUGGCUCCUCUGCUCCAGCUGGAGAGUUGUGUGUUUUCACCAACCAGUGCGAAAGCAGCAGUGAUGAGAGACAAGGUUCCUCUGAAAAAUGUGAUUUUGAAACUGACCUCUGCAAACCUCUUCAUGAAGCGAGUUUCCACCCUGGAUGGAUUAGAAGAAAUGGCAACUCCGGUGUGGGACCACCAUAUUCUGACCACAAUGGGAAUGACAGUACUUAUUUCCUUUCGUUAUCCUCCGAGAUGAGAUUGUCUUCUGCAAUGUUAAGGUCCAAAGUUUUGCUUCCAACUGAUGAAGAACACGCUUGCCAGAUUACAUUUCAGUAUUGGAUCAGUCAGAGUGGAGUAUUGAUGGUGGGGCUUCAAAAGCACUCUGAAGAUGCUAUUGAGAACAUCUGGGAUGAUUCAGGAGAGCUGCAAAACCAGUGGAAAGAAGAAAGCAUCACAGUCAAUAGCACUGAAAAUUUUGAGGUUAUCUUCCAUGGGAUGGUGGAGAACCAGAGACAAAAUGUAACAGUUGCUAUUGAUGAUGUUUCUUUCAGUGAAGGAUGUUCUCUAGCAUCUGCACUACAGACUUCCAACUUUGAGCUUGGCAUGUGCGAGUGGAAUUCCAAUCAGCCAGUUGUGCCUGCUUUGUGGGCACAACUGCAAUCUGGGCACCAGAUUCCUUCCUGUUCCUCUGUGAAAGUUCACAGCAAUGACACUAAAGGCCAUUUAGUGUGUCUAGAAGCUAAUGACAGUGCAUUAUACAGAAGUGCUUAUCUAAACAGCUCCAUGUGUCAUUGCUCCAGCAAGAGCUGCCAUUUUCAAUUUCAGUACUCCAUGGCAGAUAACAGCGUUCUCAAGGCAGUGCUGUACACCAAUCAGGAGGAGUAUGUCUUGUGGGAAAGCAACAUCACGACUAACAAAGAAUGGGCCAAAGCGUAUAUACGGAUACCAACAGGGCUAGAAAAAUUAAAGCUGACACUUAAGGGAACAAUCCAGAGCAAGACAGGCUUCAUCUGUUUAAAUAACAUCCAGUUUUUGGACAUUGCACGCUCAGAGCCUUCAGCUUUCAGCUCUGUAGAAGAAUUCGCCUUCACUAAUGGGAAAUCUACUGAGCCUGGAUCGUCCUGUGUCUUUUACCCAGAUUGCUCUGACAACACUGAUGAGGAUCCAGGAGCUUGCUCUAAUUACACUGUAUGUAAUUUUGACUCUGACUUCUGUGGAUGGAAAACACUGAACACGAGUGGUACUAAGUGGAACAUAAUGAAAGAAGGGGCUCCCUUUGACAGCAGACUCCCUGACAGAGAUCAAGCAACUAUAUCUGGACAUGAAACAUUCAUCUACUUCAGUGGAUUGUAUCAGAUGCACACAGAGAUAGCUGUGUCUGAUUUGGGGAGUCCCUUCCUUGUCAAGCUGUCCCCUGGUUAUUCCUGCUGUCAGGUAAGAUUUUGGUAUUGGCUAUCUCAGGACUCCCAGCUUUCAGUUUUUAGGAGGACUGCCUUGAAUGGAAGUUUGGAGAAAAUGUGCGAUAUUUUAGGAUUGCCUGAGAUGGAGUGGACAAAAGCAAGUAUACCAGUAGUAGACAGUGCAGCUGGGAACUUAUCUUCUCAGAUCAUUUUCCAAGCUACCAUUCGAGCAGCAAAUGCUACUGUUGCUAUAGAUAGCAUCAGUAUAACAAAGGAAUGUGAAGUUCUGAACAUAUCACUAUCAGCUAUCAAGCCAGAAAACAAAGCUUCUGUGUGUGACUUUGAAAGAGAUAACUGUGGUUGGUUUGAAACUGCAAAUGCAGAUGGAUUUGAUUGGAUAAGAAGUUCCAGCAGUUCUCUUGAAAGUGCUUUAAAGCAGCAAGCUCCUCCUCAAGAUCACACCUAUAACAAGUCUGAAGGUCAUUUUAUGUUCAUUUUGAAAAACAGCAGCAGGAUUUCACAAGUUGCUCAGCUACGAAGCCCAGAGUUCAGACAAACAGGAUCAAAUUGCACAAUGUCCUUUUGGUAUUACAAUUAUGGACAUUCAGUUGGAGCAGCAGAGAUGCAACUGCUUGUGGAUGGGCUAGAUGAGCCUACUGUUCUUUGGAGGGUCUACUACAACCAGGGAAAUCAGUGGUUGAACUCAGUCAUUCAGCUUGGACGUCUUUCACAUUCCUUCCAAUUGUCACUCAAUAAAAUCAGCUUGGGAUUUUAUGACGGUGUCUCAGCAAUUGAUGAUAUUACAUUUGAAAAUUGUGCUCUUCCACCUCCAGCAUUAAGCUGUGAAGGUCCUAAUUGGUUUUGGUGCAGAGACACAAAAGCGUGUAUUAGCCAUUUAUUGAUGUGUGAUCUUGUGGAUGACUGCGGGGAUGGAUCAGAUGAAGACAAGUGCAACCCUGACCUACAGUGUGACUUCGAAAAUGGGCUAUGCAAUUGGGCACAGGACACUGAGGAUGACUUUGACUGGAUCAGGAUACAAGGACCAACCCCUACAGUUAAUACAGGACCAUUAAAGGAUCACACAACAGGCACUAGUCUGGGACAUUACCUGUACAUGGAGUCUUCAGAGCCACAAGAAUUUGAAGAUAAAGCAGUUUUGCUUAGUCCUCUCUUCAACCCUACUUACAAUCAAACCUGCAUUUUUCGCUUCCAUUAUCAUAUGUCUGGAAAGCAAGUUUAUACUUUGUCAGUCUUCCAGAGAACUAUGAGUAAUACCAAGGGAAUACUGCUGUGGUACAAAUAUGGAAAUCAAGGAGAAAGAUGGAUAAGACAGACGCUGUACAUCAGCAGCUCUAAGCCAUUUCAGAUCUUGGUGCAAGGUACAGUAGGAGAUGGUUUCACUGGAGACAUUGGACUUGAUGACAUGUCAUUUCUAGACUGUGCUGUUUACAAUGGAAGCUUGCCAACAAUCUCUACAACUCUGUCAGGAACUUCAAGUCCUAUCACACUCCCCUUGAACAACUGCACAGAGAAUGAAUUUGUCUGUAGAGUCUCUGGCCAUUGCAUCCACAUGAUCCAGAAAUGUGAUUUUAGACCUGACUGCUCUGAUAAGUCUGACGAAUCAGAUUGUGCUAAGGAAAUCUGCGAUUUUGAAGAUAAUACCCUGUGUGGAUGGUAUCAACCAGCCUUGCAAGAGAUAUCGGAAACUGAUUCCAUCACAAAAAUGUUUAAGUGGGAACAUGGAAGUGGAGCAAAACUAUAUCCUGGAGAAGAAGAGCACUGCCCAUCAACUGAUCAUACUACGAAUACUGAAGAAGGCAUGUAUCUGUUUGCUGACAGCUCAAAUGGAGAAUAUGGUCGCACUGCUGAUAUUGUUACACCAGUCAUUUCCUUUACAGGACCCCAAUGCAAAAUUACAUUUUGGAACCACAUGAAUGGUUCAACAAUAGGCUCUCUGGAGCUACUCUGUAAAACUGGUAAUAAGACUUCUACGUUAUGGACUCAAAGUGGCAGUCAAGGUCCAAAAUGGAAUAGAGCCGAAGUGUUCUUGGGAAUUCGUUCAGAUUUUCAGGUUAUUUUCAGGGCAAAACGUGGUGUCAGUUACAUGGGAGACGUGGCAGUGGAUGAUAUCUCCUUUGAAGAUUGUUCCCCUUUGCUCAUCUCAGGCAGACCUUGCACAUUAGAGGAAUUCACAUGUGCCAACAAGUACUGUAUUCCGAAGGAUCAACUGUGUGAUUUUGUAAAUGACUGUGCAGAUAACUCAGAUGAGAAUCCUGCCAUUUGCAGUGCUACUAUUGGGCGCUGUCAUUUUGAGUUUGAUUUUUGUGAUUGGAAGCAAGAAGAAAAUGAUGAUUUUGACUGGCACCUCAGAACUAGCAGUACUACUAAACUGGGUACUGGACCAGCUGCUGAUCAUACACUGCAAGAAGUGUCUGGCUACUACAUUUUUAUAAAGAAUUCUUUACUUCAGCUGCCAGGACACAAAGCUAGGAUUUCUAGCCCUGUGUUAAGCAGGAUGAAUAAAAAAUGCAAGAUAUUUUUCUAUUACCAUAUGUAUGGAGCUCAAGUUGGAUCAUUGAUCGUCUACCAGAUGACUAUGUCAAAAUAUGAAAAAAUCCUCCUUAUUCUUACUGGAAACCAGGGAAAUUUCUGGCAGAGCAAGGCACUGGACUUGGUUGGAGAUGGAAAAGAAGAUUUCCAAGUCAUAUUUGAAGGGAUAAUUGGAACAGAUCUCAAAGGUGGCAUAGCACUUGAUGACAUCACAUUAUCUCAGGAGUGUUUACCAUCCCAGGUGUUUUUACCAGCAGAAUCCACAACACUGCCUCCAACAGGCUCCUGCUCACAUGGCUAUUGGCAAUGUCAAAAUGGCAAGUGUUACAGACCAGAACAAAGCUGUGAUUUUGAAGACAACUGUGGGGAUAAUACAGACGAGAGUGAAUGUGGCACUUCCUGCACCUUUGAGAAUGGCAGAUGUGGCUGGCAAAAUUCCUUGGCGGACAGUUUUGACUGGGUGCUGGGAGCUGGCUCGUCACAAAGUCUGAGACCUCCCAGGGACCACACGCUUGGAAACAGAACUGGACAAUUCCUAUAUCUUGAGGCCACUGCAAUAGGGCUGAAAAAUCAAAAAGCCCAUCUGAGGAGUUCCAGAUGGAAAGAGUCAAGCAGGAGUUGUAUGUUGAGCUUCUGGUACUUCAAGUCAUUAAAAGCCACAGGAUGUAUUCAGGUUCUCAUAAAGACUGAUGAUGGAAUUGUCAAAAUAUGGAGUGAUUCAGGAAGUGUUAGCGAUGAAUGGAGAAAAGUUGAGUUACAGUUGGGGAAGCUGAGAAAUUUUGAAGUUAUCUUUGAAGGUAUUCGUACCAGAGACCUGGGAGGAGGAGCAGCACUAGAUGACAUAGAGUUCAACAAUUGCUCUAUAGCUGGAGAGAAUCCCAGAGAAUGCCCUGCCUUUACAGAUUUUGUGUGUUCAAAUGAGGACUGCAUAGAAUCUCAGCUUGUUUGUGACUAUAAACCAGACUGUGAAGACCGAUCAGAUGAGGCUGACUGCAGUUACUACACAAGCAUUCCUGGAAGUUGUAACUUUGAAACACAAGAGCAAGAAUGGACAACUGUAUGUGGAUUAACACAAGACUCUGGGGAUGACUUUGACUGGAGUGUUAGCAGUGCUGGUGUCACUGGAAAAAUGAGUCCUGGUACAGACCAUACACCAGGUAAAGGACAGCACUUCUUGUAUGUAAACUCAACUGCGCAGGAAGAAGGAAGUAGAGCCAGGAUAAUCACUACCAAAUUCUUCCCAGCCAGCCUUGGGGUCUGCAGAGUUCGAUUCUGGUUCUGGAUGUUUGCUUCUAGGCAAACAGGAGUCUUAAAGGUAUACUCAGUUGAAGAACAUGGAAUGGAUAUUCUUAUGUGGUCUUCUAGCAAAAAUGAAGAAAACAAAUGGAUGUAUGCAAAUGUGGUCCUUUCCAGUAAUGCUCCUUUCAGAGUUGCCUUUGAAUUUGAGGUGGGGCAGAGUGAACCCACGGAAUUUGCUCUUGAUGACAUUUCUUUCACCCUAGAGUGUGUGGAUGGAGGACCAGCUUCACCACGGCCUCCAACUUGCAGUAGUGACCAGUUCCCAUGCGCAUAUGUGCAGCAGUGUUUGCCUCUCAAUGCAAAAUGUGAUGGGGCUGAAGACUGCUUGGAUGGAAGUGAUGAAAUUAAUUGUCCCACAAUGACCCCUAGCACUAUGCCUUCAAACUCCUGCAAACCAACAGAAUUCCUGUGUCCUUCCAAAGGCUGCAUCCCAGCUCUCCUAAAAUGUGAUGGUGUACCUGACUGCCCGCUUAAUGAAGAUGAAGUUGGAUGCCCCCUUACAGAGUGUUUCCACGGUUCUUUGCUAUGUAUGUCAACAAAUCAAUGCAUAGCAGUCUCCCAGCGUUGUAAUGGCAUUGCAGACUGCAUUGACUUCAGCCUUGAUGAGUCCAGCUGUUCAGUUUGUCCUGAAGAAUACUGCAAAAAUGGAGGAACCUGCAUCAUCAAAGAUGAUGUUCCUUUAUGUCAAUGUGGAAAAGAAUGGAAAGGAAACCGUUGUCACAUAAGUGCUAAGCCUCUUCAAUCUCCCAUUUCAAAUCUCCAAAAUGAUAUUUGGAUUGGGUUGGGGAUCAGUUUCUUGCUGAUUAAAAUUGCAGUUGGUGCCUUAUGUUUCCUGUCAAAGAAGAAAGAGCACAAAAUGAAAGUAGAGGAAACUAUAAAUACUUCAUUUGCCAAUCCAUUGUAUGAAGAUCUUAGUUCAUCUGGAAAAGCAAAGUUUCCGGGAUACACUACUUCACCUGCUGUUCAAGUCAGUGUUUCUCCAUGGCAUGAGUAUCCAUUUAAUGAAGGUGAGAAUGCUACCUCUUUUUCAAAUCCUCUCUACGGUGAGCCAUCAGGAGACAUGAAGAAAUUAUGCAGUUCCUUGAAAAUAGACAGAAAACGGGAUUAAUAUUGUGUAUGAUGUAUGACUUUGUCUGAAGAUUUGUUCUAAAAUCUGAAAGUAUGCUAUGAUCCUGCAGCAUUUGCAAUAUGAAUAAAACUCCAUAGAAUAAAUCUUUUAUUAGAAUAAUUAUGUUCAGAAA